AUGGCUGACGACGCAGAACUGCUGGCGGAGAUCCGUAGUCUCCAGGCAAACAAGUGUCCAGACUACACGAUCCCCUCGGAGGCGCGGGACUCUCAAGCAUACAAGAAUACCCUUGGAGUGGUGCGACGCGCGUGGGAGGACUACUACAAGGACUGCUGCAACCCAUCCGCGACCGAAGAUGCCUGGUCAUCUAUUCCGGGCGAGGCUCAACUACAGGCCUUCUUCCUAUGGUGCUUGCUUAAGAGGAAGGGAAAGCUGGGCGGAAAGCUUACGGUCCAGACGUUCAAGAAGUAUCUCAUUCAGCUGAGAAGGCUCUUCCGCGAUAGACAUGGUGGAACCCCAAUUUCGCUAAGGACUUCUGAAAACCUGCGCAACUACGUGAACGGAGGACUCGCGCAGAGAGGAGCUUCCCGGGAGGCUAUGCCGAGGCCAGUAGCAACGCCCGCGGUCGUCAUCGACAUCCUAUACUUCCUGUGGGCGCUCGACGAACACGAGUUCGAUCAUCCACGCAUGCGACUGCAACUUUCGUUCUCGAUCACUCUGCUCCUCUACUUCGGCAUCCGUCCCGGGGAGUUUAUCGAAUCUUCGUCUCAUUCAGGGGGCAACGAGGGUGUGUUCUACGGCGACUUGGACGUCAUGGUUUUGCUUCACGAAGGCCGACGUCGUUUCGCGAUCGAAGUGCAGCUGCGGAACCGUAAGGGGGUCCGCGGCUUGCGCGUCAAAGACACCAGCAUGGCGUUGCUCCAGGAAUUUGAACGGCCGGAACUGUGCCCAGUCGCACAGUUGUUCGCGCUAGCACUUGCGGAUGGCGCUUUCGAGGAUGUCCACAGCGCCGCCGAUAUCAGGAACAUUGCCACCCCACCGCCGGAUGUAUUUCAACGUCUCCGCGUCCGAGAGAGCAUGAAGAAAGUUCCAGUACUGCGCCGCCUAGAAGGACGUGGCAAAGCCACCUCGCAAGAGAAAAUUGCCACCUGCAAGGAGCUCGGCCCUGUAAUGGAAGCACUGGGGCACCGAGCUGGUCAUCGCGAACGUUUUACACCGUACACCAUCUGGAGGGGUCAUGGCGGUUUGCUUGACAGGGCCGUGUCAGCCGCUAGACGUCAACAGAGGAUGGGACACGCUAACUCGCAAACGUUCCAGCAUUAUCUUAAUAAGUUCUCCACCAUCGAUGGGCAGUCUAUGGUCCUGGGUCGACCUAUGGAGCAAGAUGUGCUGGACCGUGUGGCUUCAAUGGCCUCAAGUGUCGAUGUGAAUGCUCCUGAGCCAGCAGGUGCUUCCUUGACUGACACGGGACGUCACAAUCAGCGGGCAGGUCUCCAAGCCCACCGUGACGAGAGGAAACAGUACUUUGACUCGCCUUCAGCAUUUGCAACGGCCGUCGCGCGGCCAGAGCUUCACGACAAGGAGUAUGUCCUGGCAGCACAGGAAGUCUCGCGCGGCCGUCCUGUUCCAAGCGCUGUGUUCGACAGAUACCUUCAGUGGGACACGGACCGGAGCAGAAUCAUCCAGAUGUUUUACAAGCGCAAGCCGGAGCAAGGGUUGCAGCUGGAAGACAUGCUAGAGCCCCUUACAUCCAUCGCUGGCACCGACUCUAGUACAUGGAGGUACCCGGAAACAGUCCUUGGCUCAGAUGGCGGUUGGAGCGAGACACUGCUAUGUUCAAUUACCACUUGCUCUGUUGUUACAUGCGUAGGCGCAGCGAAGAGCUAA